CCAGUGCCCCCUGGUCCACCCACUUGUCUUGGUGUAGUGGCAGAUUCAGAGACGACUACAUCUCUCAGUAUAUCCUGGACAAACCCAGUCUUCAGUGGAUUCAGUCCCAUAGAUGGCUUCACUGUCAACCUCACCAGCAGACACCUUGACAUUGUCCGCGGCAUUCCUGGCAACGCUACGACAAUGACGGCAAACCUCGACAGCCUCCGUCCGUUCACUGCCUACACCAUCCGGCUCUCCGUGAGGAAUGCAGUGGAACUGGAGGGAGAGGCAGCCGUCACAACUGGGGUGACCGACUCAUUAAUUCUUGAUAAAGUCAGAGACCUAAAUGCAGUGGCAGUCAACUCCACAGCCAUCAUGGUGACAUGGACAGAGCCUGUGAUUGAACCUGAGACAACGGCUCCAGUGGAAAUGUACCGCAUCAUGUUUUCCUCCCCGAGUAGGACCGAAACUCUCACCGUCCCUGCCAGUGAGACCUCGGUGGUUCUGACCGGUCUAGAUAUCGGUACUGACUACUCCAUUACUGUGGAGGGCAUCAACUCUGCUGGAGAUGGAGCAUCGGAUAGUGAGGAUGUGGCAGCUGACAUUGACCCUCCCAGUGUUCCACAGAACUUCAAUGGAACCAGUGAUAAUCCCUUCAUCAUCUUUGUCUUCUGGGAACAACCUGAGACCGAUGGAGGUCGACCCAUUGUGAGGUAUGAUUUGACUCUCACUGAGAUUGGUGGAGGACCCGAUGGUAUGAGGGAAGAAACAGUGUUGGCUAACUCCAACCUCGAGUUCACUUUCAGUGGCCUCCAACAGGACACUGAUUACAGGCUAGUACUCAUAGCUGUCAACAGAGAUGGUAGUACAGGGCCAGAGAGGACCAGUGAUCCAGUGGAAAUCAGUAUCACCACUCUCCCUGUGGGACCUCCACAAAUCCCAGACCCACCCGCCAUAUCCAUGGUCACCAACACCUCCGCCAGAAUCUCCUGGACAGACCCUGGUGUGUACAUGUGUGUGGUUAUCGUGAGACGUACACACUGGAGAUCAGACAAUAUGCUAGACUGUGGAAAUGAGACGAUUCUAAGAAUCCCAGGCAUUACAUUUGAAUCAUACAACACGACAGGACUGAUGCCUCUCACUACAUAUGAUGCCAGGCUUCUUUCUGUUAACUUCAAUGGUCCAUCGAAUUUCAGUGACGCCGUCAGGUUUAGCACUGUUGGUAUGGUGGUGAUAGGAGGAGGAGAUGGAGCUGUGGACGACACACUAGAGACCAUGUCUGGUGAUACUGUCAUCCUCACCUGCUCCCUGGACCAGGUGGACAAUGACCCCGUGACCUUUACCUGGGCCAGACAAGAUGGCAGACCACUGCCCGAGGGAUCCACCCAGGCUAAUGGUGUUCUGACAAUCCCGGGGGCAAGAGUAGAGGACAGUGGUGUGUAUGUCUGCUCUGCCAGUGGAGUUCAGGGGUCAUUCACUCUCUCUGUCCAACAUUAUUCUGAACAAGCCAGUAGUGAAACUCUAUCAACUGGAGGUGCUGUGGCCAUCGCGUUCACCAUCACUCUACUAGUGUCUCUACCAGUGGGUGUGGUCAUUGGUUUGCUGCUGCCCCAGGCAGUCAGGAGAUGUGUUGGAGGAGUGAGGAGGAUGAAAAUGAGAGAGGGAGAGGAGGAUGAAGGAGACAUCUAUGAAGACCCAGAUAGGAUGGCAACAGUCAUUCCUCUCUCACAGAAUGAGGCCUAUGUCUGUAGUCAACAGAAAAACUAAUGAUCCUUCGUUCGCUUUACAGAGUGUGUCCUUUUCGUUUGUGUUCUGCUAGCCAUGCAUUACGUCAAGCUAGUCUAGCGUGGGCAAGCAAACCACCGGACGCUGGCCCGCG